AUGGUCGCUCCACCUUCAACUGGUGGUGUCGCACCUGCGACUGCGACCAUUAAACCAUCAUCUACCGUUCGUGUCAAUGGCAUAGGACCUAGUAUGGCCACUCCGUCAUUCCCUUACAGUGCUCGUCGAGCGCAGCCUCUCGAUAUGCGAACUGUCGAGCGCAAAGGCCAUCCUUCAAGUCGUGAUCCGCCCACCAGACUGAGGCCACACGGAUUGACUGAAGCACCCACGUACAGACCAACCGAGGCAGAGUUCCGCGACCCUAUGGAAUACAUUCGAAGUAUCUCUGAAGAGGCUAGCAAAUAUGGAAUAUGUAAGAUCAUCCCUCCAGACAAUUGGAACCCGGACUUCGCCAUCGAUACCGAGCGUUUCCAUUUCCGUACCCGACGUCAAGAGAUCAAUCUGGUCGAAGGAGGAAAUCGAACAAAUCUCAACUAUCUGGACCAGCUUGCCAAGUUUCACAAACAGUAUGGUGCCCACCUCAACCGCUUCCCCAGUGUGGACAAACGUCCGCUUGAUCUGUACAAAUUGAAGAAGGCCGUCGAAGUUAGGGGCGGUUUCGAACGAGUUUGCAAAGACAAAAAGUGGGCGGAAAUCGGAAGAGAUUUGGGAUACAGUGGGAAAAUCAUGUCAUCUCUCUCGACUUCUCUCAAAAAUUCCUACCAAAGAUGGUUGCAUCCUUAUGAGGAGUGGCUCAAAUUCGCCAAACCGGGAGUUCAUCAGCAACUCGAAAGUGGGCACGGGAGAUCAUUUUCACCAUCCGCUCCCCCUCAUCAGCCGUCGAUGAAUCACCCUCCACCGCCGCCGCCACCUCAGCCCGCCCCUCCGGCUACGAGAACAGGUUCACCCAGUCACCAGACCUCGUUGGGCCCGAAUCCACCGAUACACAACGCUCCCGGACCCUCACAACAUCCGUCACCGAUGCCAUCGACCACCCCAGCGCCUCAACCUCAACCCAGACCGGUAUCAUCAUCUGGCUUCACUGCCGUGAAUAGUGGCUUUGCCGCUGUGAACAAGCCUUCAGGAUUCACGGCUGUCAACACUCUUCCACCUCCUGUGGUCAAGAAGGAAGUCAACGGGGUACAGCCUCCAUCGCAACCUGUAAACCCAUCUUUCUUACCCAUCAAUGGACCUACUAUCACCACCAUCCAUUCGUCUGGCGGUCCAAUGCCGAACGGAGCUUCCAAUCCACUAAAGAGGACCCUGAGCCAUGACAGUCUGAAUGGUGAAUCUGGAUCGGAGGGCUUGGAUGGCGAUCUAGACGGCUCAGGUGGGCGAAGAAGUAAGAGGCCCAAGAAAGAUGGACAUCCGACUAUUCCGGGUAAUCAUAUUCCCGCGAUGCGUUCUGCGACACCCCAAAUCCGCGCCCGCCCAGCACUUCGAAGGCAAGGAGACAAAUGUGAGAAAUGUGGCAAAUCGGACAACAAAGAAAGUAUUCUGGUUUGCGACAGCUGCGACUUGGGCUAUCACAAGCACUGUGUUGAACCUCCCUUGAAUCACAUUCCUGACUGUGAUUGGCAUUGCCCGAAAUGCUUGGUCGGCACGAAUGACUACGGAUUUGAAGAGGGCAGCAUCUACUCAUUGAAGCAGUUUCAAGAGAAGGCCAACAAUUUCAAGGACCAUUAUUUCGCCGCACGAAUGCCGUUUGAUCCAGUCACGAAUACUCAAAGACGUGCCACGGAGGACGACGUGGAACGAGAGUUCUGGAGACUCGUCGAAGAUAUCACUGAAUCGGUAGAGGUGGAAUACGGAGCAGACAUUCAUUCGACCACCCACGGCAGUGGCUUUCCAAGCGUGGAGAAGAACCCUCUGAAUCCCUACUCCAAGGAUCCCUGGAAUCUCAACGUCAUGCCCUUCCUCGAAGAAUCGCUUUUCAGGCAUAUCAAGGGCGACAUCUCGGGAAUGACAGUCCCUUGGCUCUAUGUUGGCAUGUGCUUCUCCACCUUUUGUUGGCACAACGAGGAUCACUAUGCGUAUUCGGCGAACUAUCAGCAUUUCGGUGCCACCAAGACGUGGUAUGGCAUUCCUGGGAAAGACGCUUAUCGUUUUGAAGAGGCGAUGCGGAAGGCAGUUCCAGAACUCUUCGAGACACAGCCUGACUUGCUCUUCCAACUGGUCACCAUCCUCCCACCAAACCAAUUAAGAAAAGCAGGGGUCGAGGUGUACGCGCUCGAUCAACGUGCCGGUCAAUUUGUCAUCACUUUCCCUCAAGCUUAUCACGCUGGAUUCAAUCAUGGCUUCAAUUUCAACGAAGCGGUUAACUUUGCCCCAGCUGACUGGGAGCCGUUCGGUGAGGCGGGAGUACAGAGACUUCAGGAGUUCCGUCGCCAGCCAUGCUUCUCCCACGAUGAAUUGCUGUUUACCGCGGCAGCAUCUGACACAACGAUUAAAACAGCCAAGUGGCUAGGACCAGCCCUUGAAAGGACUCGAGACCGUGAAUUAACCGACCGUGAAAAAUUUGUCGCCCUUCACCAACGUCACUCUCCACACGACGACUGUACCUUUGAUACUCUCUCUUCCGAACCGUCUCCCGCUUGCGGCUUAAUUGUCAAGAUCGAAAAUACUGACCUGGAAGAGGAAGAAUACCAAUGCUGUUAUUGCAAAGCAUUCUCCUACCUCUCACAAUUCCGUUGUCAUCGGAGUGGCAAAGUCACUUGUCUCCUACACCCUGAAGUAGCCGAUUGUUGUUCUGAAAGCCCCGAGGAGCGAUUGCGAAGUCCAAAUCACAGUCUCUUGCUGCGGUUUACAAAUCAUGAGUUGAACGGUGUGGUUCAGAAAGUCGUGGAUAAGGCAAGCGUCCCCGAGGUGUGGGAAGCCAAAUUGGAAGCACUGCUUGCAGAGGAUGCUCGACCCGCGCUCAAAUCGUUGCAUACUCUCCUGACCGAAGGAGAGAAAAUCCCUUAUCCUCUCAAAGGGCUCGAGGAUCUAGCCGAGUUCGUAAAGCGAUGCGACCUAUGGGUGGAUGAAGCGAACCUCUACCUGACUCGGAAGCAGCAAAACAGACGCAAGAAUGAAAAGGCAUGGCGUCGUUCCUCUCUUCGGACAGGCAAGGGAGACGAAAAGGACGAUGGACAACAACUGACCCUGGAACGCAUGAAAGAGCUAAUCGAGGACGGAGAGCAACUCGGCUUCAGUGCGCCUCAACUUGAGAAUCUGCAAGAAAAGGUGGCCAUUGUUGAUGAAUGGCGGGCGAACGUCAAGCGCAUUCUCACUGGCCUGAGCCAAGCCACUACUGACGAACUGGAGACGUUACUUGAAGAAGGUCGUAGUUUCAUGGCCGCCAUGCCCGAACUCACCAGUCUAGAAAAGCUCCAUGCGCGAACACAAUGGCUCGAAGAGGUCCGUCUUAUCCAGAAGGACAUACAAACCAAAACCUUGGAUGAAUGCAGGGCCCUUUUGAAACGUGCCGGAGAACUGGAAAUUGUGGCUCAAGUACCAGAGGUGGUCUUUCUGACCGAAGUGGUGAGGCAAGGUGACUUCUGGGAGAUUAAAGCCAAAGAAGUCAUGGCCGCCGAAGACGUCCAUUAUCCGCAGCUCGAGUCGUUGCAUUCCCAGGUGCAAAAUCAAGUAUUCCCCGUGAACAGGGAAACUCUGGAGCAGAUGGAUUUGAUUUUGGCCAAGAACCGUGAGGCAAAACGCCAAAUCAUCACCCUGGUCGAACGCAGUCACGAUCCGGAUUUCCGCAAACGCCCGAUGUACGCCCACGUGCGUGACGUCGUGAAGAGUCUCGAAGACCUGAACGGGAAGCCUCAUGGUGCUGCCGACUUGGAAAAGGAGUUGAGGAGACACGAGGAUUGGAUGAGAAAAGGCAAAAAGUUGUUUGGCAAGGCCAACGCGCCCCUCCACAUUCUCGAACAACAUAUGAAGUUUGUGGAAGAGAAGAACAACUUUUGUUUCGACCUCAACGACACUUUCAGGCCGCCUGUCGAACCAGCCUCACGGGAAGCAACUCCCGCUGAAGGCCACGAAAGGGGUGCACUCGGGGACGAUGAGAAGCCUGUGUUCUGCAUUUGCCGACAGCCUGAGGCGGGUCUCAUGAUUGAAUGCGAAAUCUGUCAUGAUUGGUAUCAUGCAAAGUGCCUCAAGCUCGCUAGAGGAAAAGUGAAGGAAUGCGAGAUGUUCACCUGCCCCAUUUGUGAUUGGCGAGUCAAGAUUCCUCGUGAUGCCGCCCGACCCAAGCUAGAAGAUCUCCAGGCAUGGCAGGAUGAAAUUGUAGACUUGCCAUUCCAACCGGAGGAAGAGGAACUUCUCAAGCGGAUUAUCGACAAGGCUCAAGCCUUCCGGGAUUUCCUGACCCAAUACACGAACGGAAACCAACUCUGCAGGACUAUUGAGGAAAUGCCGGAAAUGUUGUUUUAUCUGCGCAAAAUUGAAGGCGCCGAACUUCUUCUCGCGUACGAGACAAAUGUUUUCCGACAAGAAUUGCAUAAGUGGCAGCCGAUUGCGCCUGAACCACCGCCAAUUCUGGACCAAAGCUUGUCGACACGAAAGCCACGACCCACCAAGCAACAGAAAUUGAUGAAGGAACUUGGGGUUGAGAAGCCAGAAGAUCUUCCUCCUCACCUGAGGACGAAAACAUAUGUGAGAAGAAAGACGCAGGAGUCAUUUGUUACGGGGCCUCUCCUGCCCAAGCCAUCCACACAAUCACCUUCAGCGCCGGGCUCAGCUUCCAGUCCGGGGCAAAGCCACCCGGCGGGCAAUGCUGAAAGUUCUACUGGAAUGCAGAGACAAGAAUCAACCGGCAAUUCGGGACCUGGUGGUACAUUUGAACCCGGGUUCAUAUCUGGAUCUACCCCUUAUAGUGCCUCGUUUGGGGCAAACCGACCUUCGCCAUUUCCCCCCAACACACCGUCACCCAUGUUUAGUCCAACAGGGGAACAACCUCCUGAAGGGAUGAGGGACCCUAUGAUGCCGACCUUCUCCGGAGGCACAUCCGCCGAAGCGAGAAAUCAUGACCCUUCGUUCCCCCUUUUCCGGCCGGAUACUGGUUUAGGUCUUGACGGAGACGACGACAUUCGGAAUGGUCUUGCGAAUGCUUCUGCCAGCGGGUCAAAUUCAGCCAGGGAGGGCUCUCCGCCUGGAGGCGAAUAUGACAACAUGUUUAUGGACAUGACGAACCAAGAUGCUGAUGGAAACAAUGAUCCUGUCCCUAGCCUCGAGCAAGAAACAAGCCAUGCUAGCGAAGCCUUAGACAUGAUCCGAACGGCCAGCAACGAUUCGGCCAAUGAUCAUGCAGAAUUGGAGGAUGGGGAUAACGUGUCGAAGCACUUUGACGACUUUCUUAACGGCGACGAACAAAGCUGA